AGAAGUAGCUCAACCAAAUUAUGUUUAGUGCGCGCACCAGAUCAGGGAAUAUACUGAGACAUAACAGACAGAGAGCAUGAGAAAGACAUAUAGACCCACUCGGCUAUUUUAUUUGAAACCUGGAAGCAUAUGAGCGCAUUUAACUUUGUAGGUAAAAUGAGCUUCGACUGACAGAACGGCGCGAUUUGGCAACAGUCCUUUAUAUUUGACAUAAUUUCCAAACAAAGUUACAAUGGUAGACGGCGGAUAUCCAAAACAGAUUCAGUGUCAGCACAGAAGCCGCGGACGUGGCGUGGACAGAGCAUUAUAUGGCUUAGUUCGUGAAGAAAACUGUGGAUUAUAUCGCAAAGCGCAAUACUUUGAGUGAAGACGCGGAGCUGCCUGACGGCUCUUUCUUGAUAAAUCUGAUCACACUGUGUGAAAUUAUUGCAAUCCCUUUUAAAACCACAGAGAAGACGCAUGUGAUAAUUCCAGAGAGGAGAUUCCAUUUGCUCUCCAUGUAAUUUCAACAUGAGAGUUUCAACAUUAUCUUGUGGGCAGACCUGGCCGAGCUCUUCAUGCACACAUGCCCAGCAGAGCCACUUUCUGCCUGAUGAAUAGCCAGAGCCAGCACAUGUGCAUCAGAAGCAUUUAAAGACCCAGAGCGUGAGAGGAGGCUCUUUCUGUAAUUUCCCAGGAGGUAUCAAAGUAGGUAAUGGAAAGUAGUUGGGACAUGCAAAGAGUGCGAACAGACGACAAACUGGACAGCAAGAGCGACUGACGGGCUUUCCGCGGGCAACGUCAAAGGAAGAUCUUGCCAGGCUUUGUGUUACAAUUGGAAGGAUUUCAUUAGGACUCUGUAACCAGCACAGCUCUGAAGUGGCUAUUUCUGUUGUGAAUUGAUUAUGCAAAUGGAAGAUGAAAACCACCUCUCCAGAUGGAUGGAGUGAGUGAGAGCAAGACUGAGUGAGUGAGGAUGAAUGAAGUGAAUGAAAUAUUGCAGGUCUCGGAGACUUGGACUUGAAUCAAGAGCUAAUUUUGAAACAAACCGCAUUCUGGUUCUAUUCUUGCUAAUCCUCGCAUAAAUCAUAAACACGUUGAUUGAAGGCUAAGCAGCGUGUAUGAGCUAACAAACACCAAAGGAAUCAAAGUAUCAAAAAUAUCAGAGAAAACCAUAUAAAAUAAAAAUAAUAUAUAGAUUCUUUUUAUAUAUAGUAUAUUAAUAUAUAUUUAGACAUAUAUUAGUAAGAACAGCAAUUAUCUGAAAUAUAAAUAUUUUGCUUAAUUUAAUGUAUUUAUAUAAAUACAUUGAAUUAAAAAAAAUCGAAAUAUAUUAAUUAUGAAUAAAAGCAUUUAUUCCUUUUAAAAAUACAUUACAUAUUAGUCAAAUUAAAACAAAAUCUGUCUGUGUGAGACUUAUUAAUGUAACCACACAUUUUCUCCUAAUAGUGGCAGCGCUCUUUGCAAUAACCAACACUGUUCAACCUUUAUUAUCCGAUGUUGUUUUCUUAAAUUCUUUUGCACUUAUAUUUGAUUUUGCAUUUCCGUAAUACCAGUAUGCAUGUACGGUAAAUUGCAUGCACUUUGAAAGCAAUUUAUAAACAUUCAAUAAAUUAGGCAAAAAAUUAAGUUUAAUGUAAGUAAAAGCAAGCGUUUCUUGGGCCUUCCAUUUCAGUUAUAUACUGUGUGUCAGAGCAUAAUAAUUACAUUUACCUUUAAAAUCUGCAUACUUCUCCAUUUAGCCCUUAAAAGCCCUCGUCCUCCUCACCUCCCUCAUCCAUGCCUCAGUCAUUCACCGUGUAUCCAAAAGAGGGAUUUAAACCAUAAUUGUUCCCAUAUCUCUUUCAUAUUUUGUUUUUUCAGUCUCACUGCAAAUAUGUUGUCUGGAGACAAAAGAUGAGUAAAUCCAGAGAGAAUCUCACAUUUGCCCUUCAGAUAUUCACUAAUAAACUUGCCUUAGCAGCUGGUCAUAAUAAUCCACGCAGCAUCUUAAUGAGAAAAUCGAAGGGGUUUCUAAAUGUUUUAUGUAGAGGUUCCAGAAAGACAACGAUUCAAAGCUGUCUGUAAUAAAUUCAUAAACAAUUUUAUUAUUUAUGUCUGUCAUUUGCAUUCCUUUUGUUCCAAACCUCAAAACUAACCUCCAAACUCUGUUGAGUACAUGUGUAGUUAAUUUCUUACUGUUUUGGCUAAAAACACAAUGAUUUAACAUGAUGUUUUAAGCGCUGUCUCUAAAAACAGAAGCUGAGAUGGAAAAUUUCAUUUGAGAUGAUAUGGGAGAUCGUAAUGACUUCAUCUGAUUAGACGCCACCAUUCCUUUACUGAAAUAGCCAACAAAAUGAAUUUCAUUUGGCCUAAUUUUAUCAAAAUGAUUUACAGCUGUUUGUUUAACCAUUUAGACCAGAUAGGGAUCAGUGUUGGGAUGUUUUGGAUUUGCCUCUCUUGUCUGUCCUUCUCAUUGUAGGUCAUGAGGAUGGCCUCUUGGGAAGAGAAUUUGGGUCAGCCCAAUCGCUCUGUGCUGGAGAUGGAGGGGCCACCGGACCUGUCCAGCUCUCUCUUUAAUCUCAGCAGCAGUUACGGGGGCACGGGGGCUUUUCUCUGGCUGUUUCCGUCAGAGAACAUCACAUGGACCACCACCAGGCCCACAAUCCAGCCGGUUGCCCCUCCACGGGUACGGGACCAAGCCUUGGCCCAGGCGGAGAUCGGGGUGCUGGGGUUGGUGCUUGCCCUCACCGCUCUGGGUAAUGGAUUCGUGCUAUGGGUGUUGCUGCGCAGAAAGAAACAUCACGCUCCCAUGCACCUCUUCAUGGUCAAUCUGUGUGUGGCUGACCUGGUAGUGGCCUUCUUUCAGGUGCUGCCACAGCUGGUGUGGGACAUCACAGAGCACUUCCAGGGCCCUGACGCUCUGUGCCGCUCCGUCAAGUAUUUGCAAAUUGUCGGGAUGUUCGCAUCCUCCUACAUGAUUGUUGCCAUGACCGUGGAUCGGCACUAUGCCAUCUGCUGCCCCCUGCAAGCGUAUCGAGGAGGUGCGCCCUCCCGCUGGAACACCCCCAUUAUGGUUGCCUGGGGCCUGGCUCUUGUGCUCAGUUUGCCACAGGUGUUUAUCUUCUCGCGGUCAGAGGUGUCCCCCGGGGUGUACGAAUGCUGGGGCCACUUUGCUGAGCCAUGGGGUCUCAAAGCAUACGUCACCUGGAUGACUGUGGCUGUAUUUGUAUUGCCAGCCUUUAUCAUCACUGUCUGUCAGGUUCGCAUCUUCAGAGAAAUCCAUGACAAUAUCUACCUGAAGUCGGAGCGGGUGGUGACUGCAGAAUUUAAGAGGAACUCUGUGUUCUUCCACUUUGCUCAGCGGGAAGGGGGCAGGGGAAGGAGCCGAGAGAGAAACAGGCAGAGCAGACACAGCCACCAUGCUGACAGUGGUCUUGUUCAAGCUCACUGCAGCCCCUCACAUCACGCGGGAGAGGAAGCGUCCGCCUCCUCGGGUCUUUACGAUAGCUACUCUCAUACUCUACCCUGUAGGAGCUCUAUUUGCGAGCCCUGUCUUAGGCCACGCCCCUCAACAGACAGCCCCUCCCCUUCCGUCCGAACUCACAUGCAAAGCACUCCCAGACACCUCUCAGACCCCUCCCAUUCUCAAUCAUUAUCAGCCAAUAGCGUGUGUGCAUUGACUGGACACCCAAAUAGCUCUGGAGCUUCUGAACUGUGGCCAGAUGUGCUUCCAGAUGCUUUUCCCCUUCCGACAGACUAUUCGCAUCCGCCGCCUCUCCCCGGUGUUACUAAGGCCAUGUCUAAAACAGUGAGGAUGACUCUUGUCAUUGUGCUGGUCUACACCGUCUGCUGGUGUCCUUUCUUUAUUGUUCAGUUAUGGGCAGCCUGGGACCCCAACCCACCAAACCAAGGGGCUGCUUUCACUAUCCUGAUGCUUCUAGCCAGUCUAAACUCCUGCACUAACCCAUGGAUCUACACAGCCUUCUCCAACAGUGUGUCCCGUGAACUGCUCGCACUGCUGCGCUGCCACACCGGACCCCCACGACGAGGCUCGCUGCCGGACGACUCAACCACGACUCACACAUCAACCAACACCAAGGACUCCAUAUACUGAGCUCUGGCCUGACUGUACUGUAUACACACACACACACACACACACAUACACGGCAAACACAGACGGGUUAGGGCCUAGACCCACAUGCUGAGGAUAUAAUAGACCAGCAGGGCUCUUAAACACCUUUGUAGUAUUUAAAAUGGCAAAUGGGAUGCCCUGCGAUCUUCAUGGACAAGUGCCAAUGGCACAAAUGUGCUAAAAGUGUGCCGUUUGGUACAAGACUGGGGCAAAGUCCUGGCUGGCUUCUUUAGAUUCAGGUACAUGGCGGUUACACAAUCUGAAAGGCAGAUACUGAUCUGUCAUCAACAGCGUUACAUCAAUAACAAAGACAAAAUUGCAUUGCCAUACCCAGUGCAUUUUACAGACAGCUGUCCAUUCAGUUACGUGAUAGCAGACUGGAGAGAUGAAUCAAGAGGAAGGUUAGGAAGAAAAGGAUCGGAGGUCUCCCAUUCUUCUCCGGUUUUCUUUCAUGGAUGGUUUUCAUAGAUUAGGGUUGCAGGAUUACAUCUAUCAGACUUUACAGUAUAAAGUAAGUGUGGAAAAUGCGAUAGUAGGAAGAGAAAAAAGGAUGUGAACAAUGCAUACGGAAUGGACAAAGGUUAUCUGGCUGUACUCCGGACAGCUUGCGGCAAGAUGCUGCAAAUGAGAGCCUCAGAAGUCCAAUACCAGCAAAAAUGUUAGGAAAAUAUCAGCCUGACUGUGCCAAUCAAACACAGUGGAAACUUAGUGACUUUCCGAAUCAUAUUUAAUCUAUUUAUCAAAUGUAAAGCGUUCAGAAGACACUGUGAAUUUAUUUGGUCUACAGUAUUAGCUCUUAAAUGAUUAAAAGCGCUGGCAGUGGACAGAAAUCUACAUGUGACUAAUGCAGAAGGAAAUCUCAUGUUCUGUCAUUUUUGUGGGUUAAUGUACCAAAACAAAGACAUAACACACAGUUUAGAAGCUGGUAAGUGUGUAAUGCAUUUCAGUACAACCGAUACUAUGUACAUAUCCUCGCAGUCCUGGAGAAUCAGUGGAAAAAAUUAUAUUUUAUUUUUUUCUAUUUAUUUGGGUGAGAAAAAACUUUUCUUUUUUUUUUUUUUUUUUUUUUUUUUACAAAAGAAACAGGUUGAAGGUAAACGAACAGCAAUAUACAGGUCAAUUUCCAAUCUAUAUAAUAAGUAGCAAAAUUUUAAAAGCAACCGUCACAGUUGAAAUCUCUAUUAUGUAUAUAUGUACACACUAAUCACUCGUUAAUUUGUCACUCUUUUAGCUCUACCUCUAGUAUUUGCUUGAUUUUUGUGUUACAUUUUUUUCUCAUCUGGAAUCAGGGGACCAUUCACAUGCUUCAGAGUAACUUAUUUGUACAGAGAAUAUAAUAAAUAUAAUAAAGAAGUGUUGAAGGUUUAAGAAAAACAAAAUAUUACAUUGCAACUUAAGCGCCUUAUUAUUAAAAAAGUAUUAUAUAUACAGUAUGUACAUGUAUGUUUCUAACACCCAGACUCUUGAGGUACUUCGGUCAGUGCAAUUUAGAGUUCAGUAGUGUCUGUAGUAGUUUUAGGAGGCUACACGUCUGCUUGCUUUAAUCCCACCACCGCAAAUUAUUAUUAUAAACACGUAUUUCAAUCAUAAAUUCGUUCUGGAAGUCCAUAGCUUGCUUAAUGUUAGUUUGAUAAAAAAAAAAAUGUAUUCUCAUUUUAGGAAAUUGUUUUGAAAUACAUUGACUUCCUCCUCGAUGAAAAAUGGAUUGAAAUUCUUGCUAUUUGGAAAUGCAUUAUAAAAAAAUUUCCCCAUUUAACAUAAAAACCAACAAAUCACAUGAUUUCCAUGAACAAUCAGUCUUGACUGGGACAGAGAUACUGUUUAUCAAUAUAAUACUGUCCAACAGUGUACCAUGACCAGAGUUAACUGUAAACUACUAACCAUUAGAUAUUAGUAAGAAUAGUGAUCAGAUAUUGGAAACGUUGAGAAAACUAACUGCUAGUGACCUUUUUUGUUAUACUCAAUGCAUAAUGAUGAAUAAUCAUAAAAUUAUUUCGCACACAUUUAAUUGACAAGAUGUGCAGUACCUAAAAUAUGAUAAACAUUGUAAUAAAUUAUUUUUAUAUCGA